AGAAGAAAAAAGAAAGAAAGAAUGAUAUUAAAAAAAGGAAAGAGGAUGCGAAUGAGGAAAGGAGGAGGGGGAUGGAUAGAUUUAAUUAAACACUCGAGUGUUUAACAUCCUCCGAGUCUGCAGCAGAGAGAGCCGUUUCUUCUCCUUGCGCUCCUCGCGUUUGUCCCGAGUUUUGUGUGCAGUCUGCAGCCCGCCGCAGACGGCUUCUGCCAGUCGGCACCAAGAGGACACAGAGAGCUCCAGAUACUUCGUCCCAGCCGGGCUGUACAUUUACAGUGCUCCGUCUGAAGCGAGCCAACAAAAAAAGGGGCAAUGCAGGGAUCAAGUUAUUAAACUUCAGGGGCCCAGAAAGCGCUCCUUAGAGGGCCCCAAAACUAGCAGCCUGGUUCAGCACCGUGGAUAGCGCCAUAGCAGACGCACUCCAGGGCAGUGAUUCAAACUUUUCACGUCAGAAUUGGUUUUAAAGAGCACAAGUCACAACUGAUCAACUGAUCAACCAAACUUAAAAAUCGGUCAUUUAGUUGAAAGAAAAUCUUUGAAAAUCUGUUUUGUGUAACUACUAUUCAGACUCUUAAAACAACAAAAACAACCCAUGGACUUCACUUUGACUUAAGUCGUUCAGUUCAUGUCAUAAUAGGUCUAACUUGGAUAUGACACAUUCUUAUUGAACCAGACUUACUUUUCAAAUGCACACAAUAUACUGCAUCGAGUAAUAUCAACACAAACUGUCAUCCAUGCAAUCAUGCACACGCACACACACAUAUCUGUACACAACCACCGCUUACCUGUUUGGCAAAAAGCCUGAGAUCACUCUUAUGUCCUUUAGUCAUCUCAGAGGCAGCUGACUGCAUUGCUACAGUUGUUCACUUGUGACAUAACUGUUCCUGUUUUCAAAGGCAUUAAAAAACAUGGCCCAGUGUUUACACAAGGAAAACUCUGCAUUGUUUCGCCUAGUGCUUCCUUUUGUCACCUCUCAAUUCGUGAAAUUCAGGGCAGACAAUUAGAAACUCCAUUAAGCACAGCUGAUUCCUUCGAGGUAGUUUGGACCAAAAGCAGCGCGCACACUGGGAUCUGCAGGGCUCCAACUGAAAGCCCUGGCAGUCCUUCUCCUGCAUCUCAGCUCACUGUUACCUGAACCGGGUGACCUCAAUCAAAACUUCAGUAGUCAGCUCAAAGGUGUUGACAGAAAUGGAUGCAAUACUUAAAUCCACGAGCUUUCCUAAAGCAGUUGUCUCGAGUUGAAGUUAAAAUAUUGCUGAAUUUCUUAAUUUUGAUAACUUGUAGAGGGAUGUACCAGUAUAGCCACGAAGGAGUCAGAUAUAGCAAACUGUAGCAAAAUAUUUUUCUUUUCUUUUUUGAAGUUGAACUUCGGAGUUGUUCUGGUACUAGUUCAACCGCUGACCCCACUGUGUGUCAUGAUAAUUUGGGAAAUGUUUGAUUAUUAAGCAAUUUUGAAACUGCUGAGUAAAUAAUUGGAACAGUAAAGUUGGGCUGUGCUUGUUUGGAAGAAGAUCUCUUAACAUACAUUGUUCUCUGCAAUGCUUUAUUUACUUUCCCUGCAUACCUUUUCGGUAGAUAAUAAGCAGAAAGAAGAGAGAAAACUUUUUUUUUAUCAAUGUGUUCAGUCAGGAUAAAAAAACUGACCUCAAGAUGGUUUUGUGAAUGAGCUUUUGGAGUUGGCAUAAAUGUUUGCACCUGCUUUCCCUUAUUGUGCGAGUCGAGCACCUGGGUUGUUUUCUGCAAACAUUAACCUGAGGAUCUCACUUUGCUAUUUAGAAGAAUUUAAAUGCAGUAGCUACUAUUCAGAUAUGUAUUUAUUUUUCUGUUUGUCUUAUUAGCUGAUCAACAUAAGACUUGUUCAUGUUUUGUCAUGUUACAAACACAAAUGCUAAUGUAUUUGAUUGGGGGUUUAUGUGAUAGAUCAACAAAAAAUAAAUGUAACAAUGACUAAAACUCAUUGAGAUUGGAUGUAGGCUGUCUAUAAAUCUUAACCUUCAAGUUUUGCCAUUUAUUCUUUAUUGGGCUCAGGUCUGUGCUCCACCAUUGUGUCAUGCACAUGAAUAUGCUUUGAUUUAGACCACUUCAUUCAAGCUCCGGCUGUAUGAUUAGGAUUGCUGUCAUUCUGCCUUUGGUCCAGCCUUUUGUAGCACUUAGCAUGUUUUCUUCUCAAGUUGGCACAGUUUUUUCAUCUUCCUAUCAACUCUGUUCCUGCUGAAGGAAAUCAUCCCCACUGCAUGAUACAGUUGCCACCAUGUUUACCAUGUUGAUGAUGAGUUUACAAUGAUAUGCAGUAUUAAUUUUGUGUGCAGGCCAAAGAAUGUUCAAUUGUGGUCUCAUCAAACAAGACCGCAGCUAAUCCGACCUGCUAAUUGGACUUCUUUUUUUUUUUAAACUUUCUUUUAAAAAUGCCAUUUUCUUACCAGCCUUUCACAAAAGGAAUAUUUAGGAUGUGCAUAACUAAUAUUUUCCUCAAUAAAAUAUUCUCCCAACUGGGCUGUGAAUCUUUGCAGCUCCUCUUAUCUUAUCAUUGGCCUCUUUGCUUGAGUUUAUGUAGACAACCGUGUCUUGGUAGGCUUUUAGUUUCCUCAUGCGCUUUUCAUUUUUAGAUGCCAGAUGGAACAGCGCUCUGUUAGAUGCUCAAAGCUUUAGAUAUAGUUUUAUAACCUGACCCUGCUCUAAACGUCUGACCAGCUUUAUCCCUGAAAUGGCUGGUGUGUUCUUUCACAAGACCUCUAUGAGAUGAAAUUGCAUACAAGUGGACUCUUUUUACCAACUAGAGGAAGGAAGUUGUUUACUCUGGGUUUUAUUUAGGGUUGUCAAAGUAAAGUGGGGUGAAUGUGUGGUACAAUUAUAAGACGGUUUUUGCCUGUCUUUUACAUUAAACCCCAAUGAAAAACAUUGACUUUUGUGGUGGUAACAUCUCAAAAAUUAAAAUCAAGAAGGUCCCUGCAGAAAGAGGAAGUUUUCUGGUGGACACCACAAUAGAAAAAUAAAUAGGACUGUUUGUGAGUGGUUUCUGACUGAAUUGAUUGGUAGCUGCAUGGUUAGUUUCCAGGCUUUAGUGACUCCUAAUGUGGUUUUAAAUUGGGUAACUAUGCUUAAACACAGGACAAAUGCUGAUUUUAAUGAUUUGCCUCAUUGUUUAUUGCACAGACAGUAGUUUAAAUGUUUGAUUCACCUUUACAGUGGGGUAACGCUUUAAUAGCACAAACUUCUCACAUUUAUGUGAUGAUUUUUGUCGAUACUAGAAGUGUGUUGAACAAGCAGUCUGAGCAGUGGGAUUGCUUUCAUUCUCUCACAUUUCGGCUCUUCAGCCUCCUACAGACUCAGCGAGAAAGUUGAGUAGACAUUACGCUAUGAAAUUUUGCUCCGGCUGUUGUGAGUCAACAAAUCUGCGAGGUAUUUCAAGGACACUCAGAAGUGAGAAACUUGAAAGUUGGACGUAGACUUUUUUUUUUCUCUCCUCUUAUCAUGCUGUGGUUCGUUUUUUUAACCACAAGAUGGCAGCAGACAGAAACAAGUGAUUCGGGUUCUAAAUGACAGGACCGCAGCUGAGGCUUAGCUUUGUUUUACUUCAGUCAGUCAUGUGCUGCAGUGUAGCGUCUAUAUGUUCACAGAGAAGAUUUGGAGUGAUUAAAUUAUUAGUUAAUAACAAAACCUUAACAAUUUUAUAUGUCACACUUAUGAAACAGAAGCUUAAAUGUAAAAAACAAACAAACAAACAGUGUACCAAUUAAAAAAAUAUGUCUCCUUAUGUAUUAACCGUGUGCAGAACUGUUUCACUGCUGUUGUGUAAAUCUCUCUAGGAAGUGAACACUAGUUGUCGGCAGUGGAAUGAGGAAGCUAAGCAGAUUCUUGAAAGGGUAUACUUUAUCUUUUUCUGACGAAGAUAUAUGUCCACUUCUGUAGCGCUCAGGUUCUACAAGAUCCCGCUCAUUUCUGAGAUGUUUCCUUUGUGUGUCACACCACAUACUGAAUAUCGUGCUGUUGUGUGUUGAUAUAUUUCUGAAUACCGCAGUGGCUUAAUGAUUUCUACCUCUCAUCAUUAGGCAUAAUACAAUGCCUAAUGAUGAAUAUUUGUUCUGAAUCUUAUUGAGUCAAUUGCUCGUUUCUAAUUAAACAUUUGGACCAUUUAUUUUAGUCAUGGAAUGGAAAGAGCUUAUCUUUCCAUUGUCUUUGUCUGUCUUUGUCUAUAUCUGACUGCCUUCCUGUCACUCACACUAAACAUCAGCCAAAAGACUAACCAGUGCCAUAUUCUUAUCCCAUGGCUUUUAAAUAUUAUGUAGAGCAAUCUAAAAUAUUUUUUCCCUGAUCUUGCUGUCGGAACAGAUUUGGUUUAGGUAGAGAAUGUCAAGCAAAGUCACAGAGAAAGCCUUUAAAUGUUUUAUGCUGUUUCAUCACAGGAAUGCAGGAAGUUUGAUGACCUCUUGCGUUUUUGUCCUGCAAUUUUUGCGUCUGUUCAUAAACAAACAAUGGCCUCUGACAGUUUAGCUUUUAAUCUAUCUUGAAUACAAACCUAUUUUCAAGCACAUGUUUGCAGGCUUCUUAACAAUGUUUGCAGGCAGGAAAUCAUGCAUUAUUCCCUAAGGUUACUUUGGAAGACUUGCCAAAAAUUCUGAAUUGGAUUUCAUUCCAUACUUUAACCUGAACACUCUGAUGAAAAUUUGUUUUGCUAUAAACUUUUCCUUUGUAGCUGUGUUGGUCAGGUGGUAGUCCUGCUGGAAGUGGAAAGUUCACCUCUGUCUCAUGUCUAUGUAGUCCAUCGAAGAUUUUCACUCAGAAUCGGCCUAUAUUUAGCUUCAUCUAACUUCCAAAGCCUUGAUAAAUAAUCCUCACUGCAUCAUACCACCACCACCAUGUCUUGCAAAGGAUAACUUUCAAUGUUUCUUUUCUAUAACACAAAGCAUUUUGAACACAAAUAUUUCAAUUCUGUUAUAGAGAACAUUUUUUCCAACUAGAGCAGGACUUCUUAUUGUUUUUUUUCACUAUUCCAUACAUGGCAUUUUUUCGUAGCGCAGCACCUGAGCUUUAGACCUCUGCAACUCCUCAUGAGUCACUUUUAGUCUAUUGGCCUUUUUCCUGAUUAAAGCUUUACUUGCCCAGCCUGCUAGUUUAAAUGGAGUGCCAUAUCUGGUUAGGUUUGCAAUUGUGCCAUACUUUUUUUUUCAUGUUUGGAUCUUGGAUUGAAGAAGUGCUCUCUAAGAUGUUUGUAGAUUAGAAUAUAGUUUUACAACCCACCCCUACACCUCACCUUUAUUGCUUUCUUGGCUGAUUUGAUCCACAGUAUUCUUCUAAAAUUACAAUAUUAAACUGAAUCAAUCAUAACAUAAUGUUCCACCAUAUCUGUCUCAGUAGUUGAUUGAGGAAUAACACUGAAAGCUGAGUUUUCUGCAUUCUUACUUGUCUUCUGUGAUGCUCUCCUGAUCCAUUCUGUCUGAUAUUAGGCAGCCCACCAUGCGCCACUAAAUUCACUCACUGACACAAUUUGAAAAACGUGCAUACUAUUAAUCCUCACAGAAGCUGUUCAGGGAGUGUGUGUCUUCCCACUCACUUUUGUAUUUUUGCAAGAGUUUUCCCUUCAGAGGACAUAGUGGAAUAUCCGGUGGGCAUUUCAACGUCCCAGAUGAUGAGAGCAGCCCAGUCCAGGUGUUUUGUGGGUCCAGGACCAUUUUGGUGCCAUGAACACAAUUCUUUGUGGCGUCCCCAGUAAACGGGAACGACCAAUUCUCUAACUUUCAUUGUAUUUCUCUGUAUUUGGUGGAGGACGGUUAAGGCUAAAGAGCAGAUUUCAAGUGGGAUUGACACAAGGACACAAUUCAAGUGCAAUGAAUUAAAUGUGACAAUGGGGCGUCUAAUAGAGAGCUAUUAUCAUCACAUAAACUGCUGUCAGCAUAAGACAUGUUGCUUUUAUGUGCUUGAUGAAGACACCUAAAAACAAAGGUCUGACUUUUCAAAGGAAACUGAACCUUAUAAUCACGACAGGUUUUGUUUUAUUGAGAAGAUUAACGAGGAGGAGAUGACUAAAAAACAGACAAUCCUCAAAGUCUGCAGAAGUUUUUCUCAUCAAAUAGUUAUUUUAGAUUAGCAGACAAACUGUUGGUUAGAGUAAAUCACUCUUGAAGUAGGCAUCAUUUAGCAAGUCUUUGUUGCUUUUGUAUUCAUUUUUGGAUGGUUUUCAUUUGCUUAAAGCUGUAUGCUGUUGUUGCAAUUAAUAACUGCAUGUAAAAUGAUGCCUUGCUACGUUUUUACAACAGUAAAAUUAUGACCGUGAUUUAUUGUGGCCGGUCUCCUUCAGGGUGAGUGUACUCACAAACUGGGCAAAUACUAGGAGAAAGAAGCUGCAGGCGUAACCACAGGAGAACAGAGCAGAAUGCACAAGUUGACUCCGAUUAAUACUUAGCUGCUGCUGUAGACAUUUGGAUUUCUUAUAGGGAUAUAUGUACCUAUGCAACACGCUAAUUAAAACAUCUUUUUAAUUUAAAAAGAGCAAAUUAAAACCAUGUAGCCUUUCCUUUCCAUAUCACAACUUUGCACUGAUGUGUUCUGAUCAAUCAUAUCAGAUCCAAAUAAAAUACAUUCAUGUUUGUAAAUCUAAACUUGAAAGUCUGUAUGGGCUAUGAAUACUUUUGAAAGGAACCGUGUUAUAUAUCUGAAAAAAUGAGGAGUGGUGUGGUCUUGAGCCAAGAGGUGUUUAAAUGUGCAUGACAAAGUUUGUAACGUUUUGAUCUUUAAAUAUGUCAAUACGUUGGAUUUAUACAUUUCAUUUAUACAUGUCAUUUAUUAUUUAAUCAUAUCCAUUCAUGUGUUUUGUCUUUGCAUUGUUAGCCAUUCAUGCCUUUUGUUUGCCCAAACCUGUUGCAUGGAGUUUUAUAACCAACCUAGUAUGUUAUGUAUGUUUUCUCUUAUAUAUAUAAAAAAAAAGAUCUGGGGUGAAGAUGUGGGUGAAAGCCCAAAAAUUGCUUUCCUAACAGUUAGAUGUAAUUGUGUCACUCUUAGUUAACUGAUUUGCAGUUGGCAUCAUCAGAAAUUCUAUACUAACAGACUGUAAAUAAAAGAUAAAAAAUAUUCUCCAUGAGGAACCCAUUUUUGUCUAACACAAAAGGCACACAGCAUUUAACCCUUCUCUUUUUGUUCUACUUGAUCUGCUUUUUAGUUCUAUAUUUCCAUCGAGAAAUAAUCAAUCUAGCCCUGAACAAUCCCUGUGCAUUCCUAAUACGAACCUCAAUCACGUAUGAUUGCGUUAAAAGAGUUUGCGAGGGAGAGGAGAGAGAGAAAGGGGGAGAGAGAAAGGGAGAGAGAGAAAGGAAGGCAGAAAAGGGGGAGACUGUGGACCAUUCAGCCCUCGUCGGCGAUGUAACUCACCGACUGCGUUUGGAAGAGAAAAAAAAACCCUCCUUUUUUAUUUGUGUGCUACAACAAAAAUCACUUUUGUUUCAACUAAUUGUUGCUCCUCAGACACAAAUCGCUCCCCGCUGGCUUCAUUUCCAGCGCUGCAGCAUCCUUGCAGAGUAAAGCCUCUGCUGCCGAUUCCUUUUUUUUUUUCCCAGACUGCGUUUAGAGGUACCAUCGACGGAACAGAGAACUGGGCUCAUAUGGGCUCCUGUCUGAACCGGCGGCGGACGGUCUCAUUGUUCAAUGUGCGCGGAGGUGACGAUGUGAAACAACAACCAAAGGAAGUUAGGACAACCUUGUUUCUUCUUUUCGCACGCAGAGGCGCGCAUUACUUGGCUUUAGGUGGACACCCAUAAUUAAAGAGGCGUCAGGGACGGACCUGCUGUGCAGAGGAGGAUUUGCGCUCGUUUGACGCGGCGCCGUUCACCUGGAAUACCUGAGGCUCUCCAACGACAACGCAGCUGCACCGACCUCCGAACACUGUUGCAUGUUUUCACGCCUCAUAUUUCGGCCCCCAGCGGCCCUGCCCGUAGGUUUAUGGUUUAUGUCCCUGGAUCGGUAAGUGCUGAUUUCACGCUUCCCCCCCACCCCCGGGUGCGACCGAAACUCAGAACAGUUACAUGCAACUGUCUCCUCGAAGACGGUGCAUGGCAUGCAAGCAAACGAUGCGCGGGACUCACAGGAUUCUCUGAUCAGGAUGACAUUUAGUUAAAAACUCUCGGCGGACCGAGACCCAGAAGCGACGUUCUAUAUUCUGUCCCGUGUGCUCGUGUACCACGCAAAGGGGAGCGCAUUCAGACCCGACCUCUGCCGGCGGCGACUAUAGACUCUUUCUUUGCUGAUCGGGUUCGGGCAGAUGGCUGCUAUCGCCAGCUCCCUGAUCCGGCAGAAACGCCAGGCGAGGGAAUCCAACAGCGACCGCGUCUCCACUUCGAAACGUCGCCCCAGCCCCAGCAAAGACCCCCGCUCUCUCUGCGAGAGGCAUUUCUUGGGGGUCUUCAGCAAAGUCCGUUUCUGUAGCGGCAAGAAAAGACCCGUUCGGCGGCGACCAGAUGCACCCUUGAAACCUCCACAGGUGUCCCAUAAGGGCUGCAGGCUAGAGCCACAGCUGAAAGGCAUCGUGACGCGACUGUUCAGCCAGCAGGGCUUCUACCUGCAGAUGCAGCCGGAUGGGACCAUCGACGGCAGCAAGGACGAGAACAGCGACAACACCCUGUUUAAUCUUAUUCCCGUGGGUCUGAGAGUGGUGGCCAUCCAAGGGGUGAAGAGCGGCUUUUACAUCGCCAUGAAUGGCGAGGGCAUGCUCUACAGCUCGGAGGUGUUCACACCAGAGUGCAGGUUUAAGGAGUCAGUUUUUGAAAACUACUAUGUGAUCUACUCGUCCACUGUGUACCGGCAGCAAGAGUCGGGCAGGGCAUGGUUCCUCGGCCUCACAAAGGAGGGACAAGUCAUGAAAGGCAAUCGGGUCAAGAAAACUAAGCCCUCAUCUCACUUUGUGCCCAGGCCUAUUGAAGUUUGUAUGUACCGGGAGCCGUCGCUGCAUGAGAUAGAGGACAAGCACCGCUCCAGGAAGAGCUCAGGGACUCCCACCAUGAAUGGAGGGAAAGCUGUCAAUCAAGACUCCACAUAGCAUCAGUUACAGGGACUUCCAGCUGGGGGUAGGGGAGGGUCGGCCUCAUCCUGACUCAGGGCGAAGGGGCCAAGUUGAAAAAAUAAACCUCACCGCUCCCCCUGAGAGAUCUGGACCUCCAUACUCUUUUUAAACAAAAGAGGGCGUGGGACAGCUGCAAGGAGCUAUUACUGUACAACUAAGACAACAAAAACAAAACUGAACUCUUGCCUGUGAAAAUGUUUUAGAUAUCUAUAUAUAUAUAUAUAUUUAAAUAUAUAUAUUCUUGACCAAUAUUUUAUGCAAAACUGAGAAAAAGGCUGUGAAAACAAAGGAUUUGUGGUCUCUACAUAUAUUCAAAUAUCUGUUAUUUUUAUUUUAUGUUGUGAAAAACAAGCUUUAAUACAUGUUCAUUUUUCAUUCUUUUUUCCUAAACAUUGUUGCACUUUUAUCCUUUAUUGCGUUGUUGUUGUUGUUGUGAACGAUAUCCCAAGCCAUUAUCAUUAUAACCAUCAUUACUAUUUUAUUGAGUGGGAUCCCAGUUACUAUGGGGGUAAUAGUGGUUCAGUUCUCUUGACCUUUUUCAGUUAUUCAUGAGUAUUUUUUUUUCUUACUAGAGCAUCUUGAAUGCAAGGUCAAAGGUCAAGGCUGAAAGUUACAAAUGGAGGGAUGUAAUUUACUCAGGUGUGUACUGUAAGUUAGACCAAUGUGACUCAUGGGGAAUGAACUCCCUUGUUUUCCUGCUGUAGCAGGACAGAACGACAUCAAGCAAUAUCAUAAUGGGCAAUCUAGAAUGUUUUUAAAGGACUGUAAUAGCAAACUGACAACACAUUGCUGUGGCUGGUGUACUAGUCUGUACAAGUGACUGACAAAGAAAGUUGCAUAAGGUGGUAAAUGUAAGAAUAGGGAUUUACUAUACAGUUAUAACAUGAUAAGAAAGACGGGUAGUGUUUGUGCAAAGUCAUGUGCGAACUUUACAACAUUAAACAAAGUAGAUUUCUCCUGCAACGGACUGGCUAAUUGUCCAGGGUGUACCCCGCCUCUCGCCCAUUGACCGCUGGCAAUAGGCCCCAGCACCCCUAGCGACCAUACAAAGAUGAGCCUGUUAGAUAAUGGACAAAUGGAGAAAUGGUUAGAUUUCUCUCCAUCCAUAAGUUGAAAGGCCAGUAACAAACCUUAUCAGUUAUCAAGAGAUGCUGUUAGCUAUAACAAAUCACAAAAAUAUAACUCCAUAUACUGCUUAAGAGCUAUUGGACAAAUCAAGACGUUUUCUCUGACUGAAGAUUUUAUCUUGUUUGCUUAGGGUGACAGAAAAGCAACAUUUUGUUUAGCAGGCUUAGUGGUGAAUUUCUUAACUUUCAAGAAUUUUAAGUUCCAGAACUCCCUUUACGUCCAUUGUGAAAUCAUUAGAGAUCUUUUAAUACAGAUGGACGGGUGCCUGACUGUUUAAUAAGUCGCCAAUUUGUCAUGCAAAUAUUUUAACAGAAUUAUGUUACUGCUUUUCAAUCACAGUGAAAACUGAAGGUUUGAUUGAGCAACCGAACACAAAAUGAGCCAUUUGUUGCAUUAUGACAAAGAGUUUAUUUUUCAUAUAUCUACACACUUAGAGGGCUGUGAUCUGACUGGUACACCUCAUACUGUGUACGCUGCUACGCUCAUUCCUAGCCUCCUUUUUUAGUUGAUCUAUCUCAGGAAGUCUCGCAGUUGUUUCGGUGAUGGAGCCUGACUUAAAAAAAAUAAUGGCUGCUUAAGGUUCAGCUCUAAUUGCACAAAGCCGGGCGAUUUGGCAUGGACGUGGAUGAUGCACAGCUGAACGUAGUCAUGUUAGGAACGCUGGAAGAAGAAACAGACAAAUACAAAGCAUGACCAUCACAUGACUGUAAACGUUUAUUUAAGUUUCAGAUGAGAUUUAAAAAUACAUAUCUAUAUAUUUUGACUUUGGGGAGUAUAUGUCUAAAUAAACAUCUUAUAUGCAACACUUGUUUCAGUAUUUUAGUGAGGGUUUAUAUAUAUAUAUAUAUAUAUAUAUAUAUAUAUAUAUAUAUGCUACUGUACAUCUGCGAGGAAGCUGUUGGCUGCCAUGUCGGUGGUUUGUACAGUUAAUAGCACACAUUCAGCUGCACAGAGCAAGCGGCGGUGGGCAUAUUAUCAUCAUGGAUCUGGGAGGGUCUUCAACUUGAAAUCCAGGCCCACAUCUGACACCAACAAGAGCUAAUGGUAGAUUAGUUCAACUUCCACAUCACCUCCUGCAAUACUGCAUUACUGUGAAUCGUACAUUAUAAUAAGUGUGACACUGAAAGUCAAAAGGCAAGACCAGCAUAUAAGUAUCUUUUUACAGACGUUUAUAUUGUGUAUAUGAGAUAUGUGUGGAGUUAAAGUACUGCAUGAAACUGGAUAUGUACAUUGUCAGCCGACAGCAGAAUGGGUCGAUGUGGUAAAAGAAUGGAGUGAGUAAGGCGGUUAGAAACAGCAAAGCACUUUUUUUGUGGGUUUAUUGAUGUAUGAUAGGGGGACAAAAGCAUUGAAAUAGUUUGAAAUAUUGAAUAUGAUUUAAUAUUUUUAUGUUUGCAGAUAAUUUCACUGCAUUCAAACACACUCAUGUAUGCAUUAUGAAUUGUGAGAUAAAAAAAAAUAUGCAUUGAUUAUAAAAUUCAGAAUGAAGUUAGUGAUUGUUUAAGAAUAAAGAUUAUGUUAUCAAAAAAUUA